AUGAAGCUCUUCGCACCAAUCACCGCUGCAAUCGCCCUCCUUGCCGCUAGUGCUGACGCCGUCGAAGAAGAGACCAAAACGCUCAAUGAGCUAUACGAAGACGCUAUCGCUGAAGGUGGCAAGCUCAUUUUCUACCACGGCGGUGACCUUGCCAGCCAGCAGGACUCAUUGAAAACUGCGUUUGAAAACGCUUUCCCCGGAAUCAACCUGACAAUGGUGGUGGACUACAGCAAGUACCACGACGUACGCAUUGACAACCAGCUCGAUACCGACACGCUUGUGCCGGACAUCACAGCAUUGCAGACUGUGCAGAACUUCCCUCGUUGGGCUAGCGCGGGCGACCUGCUUGAGUAUAAGCCGGCCAACUUUUCCAAGAUCUACGACGGCCUUAAGGACGAAAACGGUGCCUGGUUCGCGUACGGUGUGAACUCUUUCAGCUUCAUCUACGACUCGAGUAACCUCGGCGACCUGGACGCCCCCACGUCUCCGGCUGACCUGGUUGACCCACAGUGGGCUGGCAAGAUUGCCUCGUCGUACCCUCACGACGACGACGCUGUCUUAUUCGUCUACAGUCUGUAUGUGGAACAAUACGGCUGGGACUGGGUCACCGCUAUGGCUAACCAGAGCAUUAGCUUCAACCGCGGCUCACAUGUGGCGAACAACCUCGUGGCCGCUCAAGACAAGGUCAUCGGCGUGGGCACCUACGCUGGAGCCUCUCCGAUCGUGUAUGUGGGUAGCAAUGGCACGGAGUAUCUGACGUGGGGCCAGCGUCUUGCUAUCCUGGCCAAGGCUAAAAACCCGGCGAGUGCCAAGCUCUUCAUGAACUGGAUCCUCUCAACGGAGGUGCAGGAGUCCGUCGUGAUGGAGACAGUGCGUACAGAUAUUGCUCCAACUGGAUCGAGCCAUCCGUGGGAAAUCCCAGAGGCUAACCUGGAUGCCUUUCCUAUUUUCAUGGCUAACAGAACCAAGGUGGAGGCACUGAAGCAGACCUUUGCGCUUUACUUCGGUGAGGUGCAGGGUGAGCCGACACCAGGUUAUCUUGGCGUCCACCCUGGUUUGUAAACGGGUUUAAGCGUUCGCGACAAGGAAAUUAAAGAUCCUACUGCAUCGAUUCUAAGUGGCAACGCCUAAACUACUAAAUCGAGAUCAAAGCCAGAAAUCUAGAAAUAUGAAUUCAACCGCAUUUUACU